GCCUUUUGACGACAUCGAAGCCUCACUCCAAUCCUCCUCAGCACGAGGCAAACGAACACACACGCAGCGCCGCUGCCACGACCGGACUCUUAAUUACAUGCUCCGUUAACUCACCCUCCGUCGUCGGCGGCAAUGUCGCUUCUCCACAAAAAGCUGUACAUGCGGGAGACUGCGGACCUUGCAGUCCGCUCCCCAACCCAUCGAAAGUUGUACGGAGAUCGUCGAAUCAUCCAGAAUCUCGAUAUCGUCAAUGAACUAGACUCUCACACAGGAUGUGUGAACGCUCUGUCUUGGUCCAAAUCAGGCAGUCUACUCGCCUCGGGUUCGGACGAUCAAACCAUCAGCCUCCACAAGUACCAACCCGAAAACUCCACAGCACAAUUCCAGCUCGUAACGAAAGUCGCAACGGGCCACACCCAGAACAUCUUCUCUGUCAAAUUCAUGCCACAUAGCAACGAUCGGACAGUCGUGACCGCUGCUGGCGAUGCCGAAGUGAGAAUCUUCGAUCUGGAACACACUGGCGCUUCGACUGCACCCGCAUACCUGAAUGAAAGGAAUACCAAUUGCCGCGUGUACCGGAGUCACUCGGAUAGGGUGAAAAGAAUUGUAACAGAAAGCUCGCCGCAUCUCUUCCUCAGCGCAUCGGAAGAUGGAACAAUAAGGCAAUUCGACACUCGGCAGCCCUCUUCAGCCUACCCACGGACCGGCAGAUCUGGAGGCACGUCAGAUGAAUCGGGACCACCCCCGCUAAUUUCCUACAAACGCUUCCAACUCGACCUGAACACCAUCUCUUGUUCCCCAUCUCAGCCUCACUACAUCGUCCUCGGUGGCGCACACCUCUACGCCUUGCUGCAUGACCGGCGCAUGACAGGGCGAGAUCGGUUACAGGAAGCGGGAAGGGCUCUCCCAGCCAGCAGCAGAAUGUCGGUCGAGGAGGAGGAAUUAAUGAGUCAAGCUACGCGGUGUGUCCGCAAGUUCGCACCGAAUGGCAGCAAGACUAAGAAGACGGGGAACGGACACAUCACCGCGGCAAAGAUCAGCGACUCCCGCCCAAACGAGAUGAUUGCGAGCUGGAGCGGUGACCACAUCUACAGCUUCGACUUGGUCCGUGAUCCCGAAGAUGACCGCGAUACUCUGGCGCCACUUAGAAGCAGCGAGAGCCACCGAGUGGAAAAGAACACGGAUCGGAAACGGAAACGACAAGCAACUGGCAGCCAGACUUCACUUAGUCAGACUGCUCGCCCGUUAUCGCGACCGCGAAUUGCCGGCCAAAAUUCGGCCCUGCGAAUCAAUUACCAGAACGGCCAGAGUGAAGACAUACCCCUAGCAAACACCGCUUCAGAGGAGCGGCAGCCGGGGUUGACAAUUCAACAGCACGAAGCACAGCGAAUCGCGAAGAUGACGGGGAAGAUUCGUACAAGUCUCUUCGAGCCGAAAGCCGAAGGACAGCAGACGUCAGCCAGUGUGGGUCCGGCACUCGCAAUAGCCGCCAGUAUACUCCCAGAGAUUGACGAAGCAAUGCGAGCAAGUCGCUAUCCCUUGAAUCCUUCGGCGGAGAUGGUGGUAAUGCAGCUGACUCUACGCGAGAAUCGCGAGAGCGUACGCAGGUUCGUGCAAGCCGCUGGCACUCUGGCACGAGUGCUCGGUGCAACACUAAAUACCCCUUCUGGGCCUCAUCCACGGCUGGGCGAGUUCCUCAGUAUUGAAGCGAGAGGCAGCGAUCGUGCACCGAAUCAGAAGGAACAGUUCGGAUACGACUUCUUAAAGGCGAUCACGCUAUGGAUUGAGUCUGGAGUGGGAAACCUUGUGGAGGGCUUCACUCGGCCCCCUGAAAUGUUACCAGAAGUGAGAGCUGCGCAAAGACUACCCAUCCCCGCUUCCGAAGCUACGCUGGAAGCCAUCGAUGAGUACCUGAUCCCCUACCUCCUUCGUAUGGCUAGGGACAAGAUGGUUGUGAAUGUCGAGACCAAUCGAUUCGAAGUGGAUGAGAAUCGGACGCUGUUCGCGACGGAGAAAGCUGCCGUCCUCGCUUUCGCAGCUGCUGUGAGAAUACCCUUCGCCGAUCUCUCAUCGGCUGUCACGCUUGAUGACAAUGCCGGGUCAAUCCAGGCCCAGGACCGCGAGACCGCAAGAAGGUACUGGGUGGGCAAGGUCGCGAGGGGUGUUUUGUUGAAUGCAGCUGAAGGAGUCAAUUAUGUCUUUGUGGAUCGCGCGUUUGGUGGGCUUGGCAGAGUCGUGAGGGAAGUCGCGAUGGCUGGCGCUGGCGAGGAGCAGGAAGAAGACGAGCCAAUCCGCGAGGUGGAACUUCUCGAUCAUCGCGGCGAAGUUGUGGACGGUGCCGACGCGGACGAUCUCGCACCAGAAGUUAACAGGCUCAACCGGAUUGAAGGGUCAGAAGGACCUGAGGUUGCAAUGAUUGACGAGAAUGCCUUCGAGCCUUCGACUGUGCAUGGAGAAGGUCUACGGUCGACAGCUGUGGAAGAUACAGAAGGCGAAGACGACGAUGACGACAAUAAUGACGGUUACGAUUACGAUGGAGAUGAGGCAGAGGAUUCGGCUGAAGACGACAGCGAACCCGACGAAGAAGACGGCGUACCCAAUCUCGGAAUGCCGCGAUUCAUGCACGCCUCCACUUACGAACGUCGACGUAUGCGAGACCAGGUCGGCGUCGGAGUGCCGUGUUCGGGAUCAAUACGGAAGUACCGCGGCCAUUGCAACGUUCGCACGGUAAAGGAUGUUAACUACUUUGGCCUGGACGAUGAGUACGUGGUUUCGGGGUCUGAUGACGGGCACCUAUUCAUGUGGGAUCGCAAGACUUCCGAGCUGGUUAAUGUGCUGGAAGGCGACGGCGAGACUGUGAACGUGGUUCAGGGCCAUCCCUACGAACCGAUGCUAGCGGUGAGCGGCAUUGACCAUACCAUCAAGAUAUUCUCGCCCGACGCUCGAGCGAGGGAAGUGGCAAGGCUGGGCGAAGAGGUGCGCGCCGCGGACUCGAGUCAGUUCAGCUCCCUUGCCUGGCCUUCGCGAUUCGGAAGGCGCAGGCAGACUCGGAGUGAGUCGCAAAGCCAAACCACUUCCGAGCCCGCGAUGCCUGGGCCUACAGUCGACGCGCGGGAUGCGGAAGACGAGGACUAUGUAUCGCCGACGGGGCUGGCGAGUCGGAAGCGCCUGCAUGAUGCGUACAGGAUCGUUAACCAGAACGAUGUCGAGCGCAGGGGAGGCAACAAUGAUGCUUUUCUAACGUUUCUCGCCCGCUCUCCGUUCGCCUCUCUGCUCGCACAGUUAGGUAGCGUGGGUUUCACGGUGUCGCAGGUGCAAGAGGAGGAUGAUGGGGACGUGCCGAUGCACCCGUUCAACCAAUUUUCCUGAAUGACAGACACUUGCUGAUGAAAUUCCGUGUCUUUAGAGGGCUAUGCUCGCCGAGCUCGCAAGACGCAUGCAGCUACAUCGUGCUGCCUCUGGAGGGGAUGACGGAGAUGGAGCGAGGCUGGUCAUUGGAGAGGAUUGCCAAGUGCAAUAAGUCUGCGGGCCGCUGAAGACGCUCGUACAUGC